GGAUAUUUUGUGGGCCAGUCAGCUGAUGUGACAGCGGUAACACUUUGCACGUUCAGGUGUUAACCUUGCCCACAAACUACAUACUACAUUGUUGCUUGAAGACGUGCGAAUAGAGUGUGAAACCAAAACGUUCGAUCGACCAAGGAGGAAAUGGCCGCUAAACUUGAGCCCGAAGAGCUGCACUCAGCAGCCAGUUCAGACAACGAUCUGUUGGACUAUAAGGACUAUUCGGAAGUGUGUCGCGACUUGGAGGACUUGGAGGAGACCAGCGGCGACUUCUACAACACUCCAGCCUCUCCCAUCACUGUCCCGUAUUGUCCGCGCCCGCGUUCCACAGGCUCACGAAGGUCGCCUAGAGGAAGACGGCCCCGAACAACCUCACUGAAUCAGGCCACCACCACCCUGACGAAAACCGACGUAAUGAUCAGAACACCGCAACGAACCAUCUACACUGCGGGUAGGCCUCCGUGGUACAACAGCGAAGGGCAGAAGGUGGAGCCUUUUGUUAUCGGAAUAUGCGGCGGAAGCGCGUCGGGUAAGACAACGGUGGCGGAGAAGAUUAUCGAGUACUUGGGGGUGCCUUGGGUGACGCUCUUGAGCAUGGACUCCUUUUACAAGGUGCUGACCGAGAAGCAGCACGAGAUCGCCGAAAUUAACGAGUACAAUUUCGAUCACCCCGAUGCCUUCGACUGGGACCUGCUGGCCACCACUUUGCAACGACUGAAGGAGGGACGCAAGGUCGAGGUUCCCAUCUAUAACUUCCUGACGCACUCAAGAGAGAACCGCACGAAAACCAUGUAUGGGGCCAAUGUGAUCAUUUUCGAGGGCAUUUUGACGUUCCACAACGCCAAGGUGCGCGACAUGUUGAAUCUGAAGAUUUUCGUGGACACGGACGCGGACGUGCGAUUGGCCAGGCGACUGAAACGGGACAUUACGCAGCGCGGUCGCGACUUGGAGGGCGUUUUGAAGCAAUACACCAGCAUGGUGCAGCCCUCGUUCAACCACUACAUUGCGCCCCUAAAGACCCACGCCGAUAUCAUUGUGCCGAGAGGUGGCGAGAAUGAAGUGGCCAUUCAGCUGAUAGUGCAGCACAUCCACACCCAACUGCAGCUGAGAGGCUUUAAGCUGCGGGAGGAGCUGGCGCAAGCCCAUGCGAUGAACAGCGGACCGCGACCCCCCACAGUAAAACUCCUGCCCACUACGCCCCAAAUCAGGGGCCUGCACACGUUCAUCCGAAACAAGGACACGCCCAGGGAUGAGUUCAUCUUCUACAGCAACCGGCUGAUCCGUCUGGUCAUCGAGUACACCUUGAGCCUGAUGACUUUCAACGACAAAGUGAUUGAAACUCCACAGACUGUUCUGUACCACGGCAAGCAAAUGUCGACGAAGAACAUCUGCGGAGUGUCGAUAUUGAGGGCGGGCGAGACUAUGGAACAGGCGGUUUGCGAUGUCUGCAAAGACAUCCGCAUUGGAAAGAUCCUGAUCCAGACCAACCUGCAAACUGGCGAGCCUGAACUGUAUUAUCUGAGACUGCCCAAAGACAUCAAAGACUACAAAGUGAUCCUCAUGGAUGCCACAGUGGCCACGGGGGCGGCUGCGAUGAUGGCGAUUCGCGUGCUUUUGGAUCACGACGUGGCCGAAAGCAACAUUCUACUGGUUUCGCUUUUAAUGGCCGAGUCAGGAGUGCGGUCCAUUGCGUACGCUUUUCCCAAAAUCCAGAUCGUCACAACUGCAAUCGACCCGGAAAUCAACGACAAAUUCUACGUGUUGCCUGGAAUAGGCAACUUUGGCGACCGGUACUUUGGCACCGAGCCGGGCGAUCGCUGCUAAUCGGGGCCCGGAUUUAAUGUGAUCUUAUUUAGCCGUAUGUUUGUUCGUUCAUUUGUCCUAGUAGCAUAGAGUACUUAAUUAGGAAAUGGCUGUUUUUGCUUAAGAAAUAAAGUUUUCUUUAAUACAA